UCGCUCCUCUAUGGUUUCCGGGAGGGGUCACAACCCGGAAGUGAAGCGGCCAUAUUGCCGGGUGACCCCGGGAGUGGUGCUGAGGGGAGGAGGUGGUGUUGAACCCCCGCGACGGGCUGACAGUGAGGGCCCCUCAGCCCCUUUCCGGUGUGCUGUGCCCUGCAUGUGUCCCCCAUGGCAGCGUGGUCCCGCCAGGCCGUCCUGAGCCUCUAUCGCACUCUGCUGCGCCAGGGCCGCAGGCUGCGCUUCACCGACCGUGAUUUCUACCUUGCCACCAUCCGGCGCGAGUUCCGCAAGAACAAGCAGCUGGAGCAGCUGGAAGACAAGGAGAGACAGCUGGAGAAAGGGCAGGCCUUCCUGCACAGCAAACUGGGGGGGUUAGUUUAG